GCCAUUGACGCUGAAUGUUAACGGGUCGCGUUUUCCGUCGCAUUUCCGCUUUAAGCGCUGGCAACACACAUCCAGCUAGCUAGCUAGCUGGCAAGCUAGAAAACACAGACCAGCUAAUUGGGCAGCGAACCUAAAGUGUGUGUCCAACGUGGACUAUGUCGUUUCUGUCGCCAUCGUUGCGCAUGGAGAACCUGUCGACGGUGCCCAUCAUGAGUCAGGAUCAUGUGCCCGAGGCUCAGCGCUACAACAAAGACAACAUCGUUGCUCAAUGGUGUGCCCCCAUCAACGGCAAGAUGUACCGCAUCGAACUGGAGCACGGCACCACAAGUGGACGCCGCAUGAUUUGGGUCAAUGGUCGGGAGGUGCUGCGACGUGACUGGAUGUUCAAGUUAGUCGGCGAGGAUACCUUUGAGAUCGAUCAGUCUCGCUGCAUUAUACGCGUUGAUCCCGCACCCGGUUUCAAGUACGAGUAUUCGCUGUAUAUUGAUGGCAAGCCGCAUGCUCAGUACACGGAGGAAUUGACGCGUCAAUAUAGGCUUUGGCUGUGCACCAGUGGCACGGGGCAGGCGGGGGCAGCGAUGGAUGCCUCACAGGAAUAUCGCAUUAUGCUCAAGCUGGACACGCUCAGCUUGUUCGUGAACGAUGAACUGCGCGAGGAGACGGCAGUUUUCGUGAACGGCGGCACGGAUACUAGUUUUGUCCUGCAGGACACUCAAUUUGUAUUACAGGCACGCUCCAGCGGCAACAAGCACGAUGGCAUUGUUCACACCCUGCUCGUUAAUGGAACGCCGGUGCCGGAAGCAAAGAUACAGCAAAUCAUGCAGGAACCCGUCUCCAUACUGCAAACUAACUGAAAAGGGGAUCAUCACAAACACACCUUGUAUUUGUUACAUUUUCGUUAGUUUUAGAUUCUUAAUAAAACGGAUUACAAUCCAAAAAAUUUAGUAUAUACCCGAGACACAAAUCCCGAUUCAAUCAAGUAAUACAACCACGUACAGGGUAUUAUCGAUGAGAAGUGGAGUUUCCCAAUUCCCAAACACGACAAAAAUAACAAAAAUGUAUUACU